AUGGAUCGCAACUGCGUGAGCGUCGGCAACUGUCUGUUUCCCAACUUGCGCUGGCGCUGCGAUGUGACGUGCACUGCUCUGAGCAAGGAUGGAAGCGUCUUGGCAUCUGGCACUCGGCAGGGAUAUGUCGUCUUGUGGAAGGUCCGCAAGCGGCGCCAACCACGACGCCGCUGCCCCCUGUCUAUACGGCGGUUCAAGGAGGCGUACGAGAGCACGGCGGAUGUGUCGCUGGACCCGUACUUUCUGUUGCUCGCGAGCAACAACCCUAUCGCAUUCCCCGUGGUGCAGGUGGCGUUUGCCAGCGGUUCGCGCCCGCUGUCGUCGCUCAAGCACUCGCCGCACCGCGUCAUCAGCAGUUACUGUGGCGUAGAGAAGGCGGAGGAGGUUUUGGUAUCGCUUCACAAGGACAACAGCAUCGCCGUAUGGUCGUUGACGGACUGCCGUUGCUUGCACAAGGUGAAAGGACCCCCGUUUGCCAUUAAGCGGUUGUGCGUGCUGCCUGAUGACCGUUUCGUGGCUCUGGUCGGGCGCAGCAAGAUAAACGUGAUAGACCUGUGGCGCAUAAAGUUGAUUGGGAUGUUGGAUUUAAGUGGCACGUGCUACUUCGACAAAGUUAUAUAUUCAAAUCGCACGCAUGACUCCAAUGGUGGUGAGGCGGCAUGUAGCUACCUUGCCAUGGACACUUCCAACGCCAGCAAGUUCAACAUGUCGCCGCGUUCGGCCCAUAAUCAACCCGUGUACACUAAGCCCACACGCAUUCUACGGGCUCAAUCCGGACUUGUCCCUGCUGACUCUCCUUUUGCGCUGGAUGACGUCACCACUGACCUGCGCCACGGGACGAGCUCCGGCGAUCGAGAUGACAACGUUACGCUUAUAUCGCCGAUAUUGCUCUCUGCGUUGCUGGACAACCACGAACUUGUGGUGUGGGACCUAACGGAGCCAAUAAUGAAUUACAAGCAGAAGUACGGGACGGCCGUAGGGCCCAUCGCAGUCGUUACCCGUUGGGACAGGCAAAACGAGCAGUUCAUUCAGAUUCAAAGACGACAACAUCAUGGGCAUCGAGGAAUAUUCCCAUUACGCGGCCGUCAUUCGCCAACAAAGGCGGGAUCGUCCAGCAAGAAUGGGGUGUCGAAGAAUGGUGCUGUAGAGGUUGAUGCUGAAUUUCCCACGUUGCGCGAGUGGAUUCCGGAGCUCAAAGACGCGGAAAGCGACCUGUGUUCAGUCGACCGUUACGUGUUUUUGAUGCUGGACGUGCGUAUACUGGUUUGGUAUUAUGACACCGACGGAUCGCUGACCCGUGUGGCCGAGUUGUUAAGCCUUGGAACUGACGGAGUAUCUAUAGAGGCUCCUUGGCGUGGAUUUGAAUGUGUACGAGUGUCUCAUGAUCUCACGUUUUUGGUGGCGUGGGUGGGCAGCGGCCGCGUGUCGAUUUUCUCCAUCCCCGACGUCUACACACCCAACAAACCGUUUCAGUUAGUGGCCAAGCACCAGCUACCUGCGUUCACUACCCGUUCACGUUUGGGUGAGUGUCUCCAUGUGCAUGUUAAUCUGGGUUCGCGUCACCACGAUGAUUUGGACUUUUCGAAGAACAUCAGUUCCUCGCUUCGUUUUCGUCUGAUUCGGCGAACAUCCGUUGGCGACAUUUGCAUAGGGAUGCCUCACCACAAGUCGUGGUUACGUGUAUGCACGACGUCUCUGCUAUCGGAUUGCUUUUCGGGACAUGCUGAUGGCGUUGUGAGUUCAGCUCUCUUUCACGACGGCAAUUUCCUGCACCGGGUCGACAUGUUACGCUGCGGAUCUUUGUCCUGCACCAACGUUACGACAGGCGUUAAGCGUGAGCUUGGAUCAUGUCAUUACAUAGAGGAAUGUAUACGACAUAUGUCUAGCGGAUGUCGAUUGAGGUCUUUGGCGUUGCCCGGAUCUAAGGUCAUGGAGUGGUUAUCUGGAUCGUCGGGAAAUAGUUCCUGUUCACCGCAAUACACAGGGCGCGUUGUACUGCACUGCCUCGGCUCCAGCUAUUUGGUAGUUUGCACCGGAAUGUCUUGCAUGAUGGUGUACUCGCUCUCUUCAUUUGAGUUGAGUGCCGUCUUGUGGGACAUCCACCGCGCCCCUGUUAAUGCCAUUCACAGCGUGUUCUCCAUUUCGUUCUACGGAUCCAAAACAACUGAUGCGGUGUUGAACGAGAUUGAAGACACGUACGUGAGCGUUGACAGCGAUGGAUGUCUGGUGCUCGUGCAGCUGCCGUUAUUGCUAAGCGAUUUGUCGGAGCAUAGCCCCCGCCCAAACAUAGAAGAGAAGGACAUAUACUCGGAUGCAACCAUUUCGGACGAUGCUGCGUCACACAGUUCUUCGCGGGAGUCGUUCGAGUAUUACGUUUCUUCAUCUUCUGAACGCAAGGGCAUCCAGCGAAUGCAGCGCAGUGUUGAGCUUCUGGAGUUCCCAAUUGAGCGUGUUGCAUUGAACCGGGAGACGGAGACAUUAUACGUAUUGACGCACCGCAAGAUCCUGCUCUGGCGUAUAAGUGACGGCCGGUUUUUGCGUUCCCUGCCCUAUCUUGCAACAUAUCGCCAAGCUGUGUGGGUGUCAAGCGAUACCACUGCCGCGUUGAACCGGAAGCAGCCAGGCCCUACACUCGCCAGCACUCUGACCUCGUUUUUGACCACCGACUGGCCAUCAACCACCUCCACGCCACAGACAGAGGGGCGUCAUCGGCUUUAUCUUGAGAACCGCCAGCCUCAUGAUUUGUUGGCUCCAUGUAUUUUUCAAGAGAAGUGUUUCAAGAAGCGGGUGUCGAUGUCGCUGCACAUGUCCUUUUUGCGCAUGGAUUUCUGCGUCUCUCCAUCGUCUGAUUCGGACAUUAGUUACGAAGCUCCAGAUGACGAGUAUAAAAGGCCAGUCAAUGGGCAUCAAUCAAGAGUUCGCGCCAAGCUGCUUCGUCAGCACAGCCAAUCACAUCAUAUCUGCAACUGUUGGAGGGUAUGGAUUUGCCGUCGACGUGGACACGCCCAUUCUGGGUUUCGAACAAUCUGCAGCCAUUACUGCCGUCCAUCUUCGCACGGGGAUAAUCUUAGGAGUCUGCCUACGAUAUCGCAUUCGGUUCCUAUGGUGCUGUUCCCUCUGCAGAAAGUAUUGUCACACUUGAAUGGCAGCGGCGGUUCGCUACUGCCCAAAAUAAAGGAUCAUGGUGCCGUGUGCUACUUGGGCGUUCCACCCGGCACCUUUUCCAUUCCGCUACGUUAUCGCAAAAUGAAGGCAGAUGAUUCGCAUUCCUUUGUCCACCACAAAAUGGCCGUGACGACGUACUUUUCGAACGACUACCUGCACAAGGAGACGCGGUGGCCGAGUAUUCGCCGCAGCUUCACCUUCCCAUGCAUGUUCGACGAGCGCAAGAUUGCCUUACCGGUGCCUCGGUUUUCGGCCGGCCAGUGCAACAGAUACUAUUCGACUUGUAUGUACAUCAGGGAUAUGGUUAUUGCCUUCCACGCGAAGUCGAAAGCUGGUUCCUACUGGGAGGGUUCGGCGGAUGCGUGGCUGCUGCUGCACUUGCUGCUUUUGUGCACCUGCAAGACGGGGUAUCCUGUCAUUUAUAAUUCGGUAUUGGGCAGUUUGAGGCAGCAGUCGUGCGACGAUCUGUACCUUCACGUGUGCCGUGCCUUGUCGGCGCUGCGUUGUUUCCACACCAAGAGUGGAUCGCGCGUGCCGUUUCCGGAGAUGCGAGUAUGUCGUUUCCACGCAACAACCUUCAGCUUCGGCAGGCGCUGUGGCUUCUGUCUGCAGCCUGCGCACUUCGUGGACGUGGGCGGCACCUCAAACUUGGCGCCACCCCCCCCGUGGGAGGAGGAUGCGUCGCUGCUCCUUCUGGUGAUGAUCGCGACGGACAAACGUUUAUCCAUGCUUUGCAACUACGUGUCGGCCGGUGACAAGAUCCAGACGUUCGCGAAUUACGUGGCGCAGCUGAUGUUCCGACACAUGCUGACCACCGAUGAGACCCCUAGCCCCAGCGGGGACUACCCGCCUGAAAAUCGUAUCUUCGAUCCUCGCACAUACUGCCUCGAGAUGUUUGAUGGCGGUUUUGCGUCAGUGUGGACACUGAAGUCGUUGGACAACUCACGCAUUUUACCGGCGUCAUUCGGCAAGAACCGCGUGCACGCUCUGGCGCGGUCGUUGUACCACUCCUCCAACGGCAGGCAUUUGUCUUCUGAGCAAUUCGUGAUGAGCGCGCUGUCACUCUACCGUUCCACCAAGAGCGAGCACUGGCUUUCUAUUCUGCGGCGUUGUUACUCUCUGGAUACAAGUCAAAUGAUCCGCAUAAUACGGUGGAUUGUGCGUGAGCGACGUGUGGACAAGUGGUACAUAGAGACCACCGUCAAGUUGCUCCUGGAGUUCGUCACCGAAAAUCGGGAUCGUGUAGUUGAGCAUCUGCCCGAUGUCGUGGUGAUAGUCGUGCGUUGUCUCGACCCGUCGGACAGCAGCGUUCGCAUGCUGAUGUUGAAAUCCGCCACGUCGGCGCUUUUCCAACUGGUGAAAAAUUUCCCAAUGGCAGCCUUCUACCAAGACACUCAGAGGUUCGCAGUCGGUUCCGUGAGCGGCCACGUGGUGAUAUACGACCUACGAACUGCAACCAAGUGCCGGAUCCUGGGCGGCGACAUAAAGGGAGUGGCGUCGCUCGCCUUCAGCUCGACUGGCGACUACAUCGCCGCCUACUACAUGGAUCCGCCGUGUUUGGUGAUCUGGAACUGUUCAUCGUCCGGUCUUCUGGGCACUCUGCUGCACAGCGGCAAGCGGGACCAAAAGGUGGUCAAGCUCAAACGUGUGGAGCCGAACCCGUCUACUACGGCCAUGGACAUUAAGAUACAGUCCAAGUCAAACCGCGAGUGGUUUUUGCAUCGUGAGGAUGGGCGCGGUUACAUGGUGUCCAUCUGA